AUGGCUGCCAUUGCCGAAACGAUUCUAGUUGAGAAACUGUCGGAACUCCAAAUCUCUCAGAAAAGCAUCGUGGCCCUAUCCCAGUGGGUCCUCCAAUUCCGCCAGAACGCGGGCACCGUCGCCUCCGUGUGGCUUCAGCAGUUCCGCCUGGUCAACCCGGGACGGAAGAUUAUCCUCCUGUACCUGGCGAACGAUGUUCUCCAGAACGGCCGAAAAGGGGGCCCCGAAUUUCUCAUCUUGUUCGCGACCGUCCUUCAGGAGGCCGCCCGUCUUGUUCAUGGCAGCCAUGACGAGGAGUGCAGGGCAUGCUUUAAUAGGCUGCUAGACAUCUGGCAAGAAAGAAAGGUUUAUAUUAGGGAGUUCAUUCAAAACCUGAGGUUGCCGUUGGAAGAAUCCCAGACAUUUCCACCCGGAACUACCGAAGAGCAGCGAUCGUCUGAGAAACGAACCUUUCAGACGAUCCAAGAGUCAGAACCGAGAAGCGUUCCCGAGGGUCCCUCUCUUCAGCCUUCCAUCAUGAAUCAACCUUUAUUUGAGGAAAUAACUCAGCUGAAACUACAACAAGAUCCCCCGGGCGACCUUGUGGAAAUACCCAAUCUGCUUCCUGAACCCCAAGAUGGUUCAUUCUUGAAGCAAGUUUCUAGCGGAGAAGACGACAAUCCCGCAGUGAUGGGGGAAAAAUAUAUGGGUAUUUUGUAG